AUGGUAAAAGAAGAUGAUCUUAACAAAUUCAUUGCCCUGGAGCAAAUGAUGAAGGCAUUUGAGGGAAUUCGCCUACUUGAUUCUAUAAAGGCUGCUGAGAUGUGUUUGGUGCCUAACGUUGUCAUUCCCAAAAAGUUUAGAGUGCCAGAAUAUAUCAAAUAUACGGGAACUCAAUGCUCUAUAACUCAUUUCAAAGCAUACUGCAACAAAAUGGCUGAGAUGGUUAAUGAUGAGAAACUGCUGAUUCAUUUCUUUCAAGACAACUUGAGUGAUGUUGCCCUCAUUUGGUAUAUGCAGUUGGAAAAUACCAAGGUUAAAAGAUGGAAGGAUUUAGUUGAUGCCUUCAUGAGGCAAUAUAAGUUCAAUAUAAAUGUGGACCCUAAUCGGUUAAGCUUGCAAGCUAUAGAGAAGGACAACAAGGAGUCCAUAAGGGAAUACGCCCGAAGAUAG